AGAAGAUGUAAAAAUGCCAGUCCGCACACUCCCUUCAUCCUUCCUCAUGCUCCUUGCUAUCUGGGGUGUCCUGGUUCCAUCCCUCAGUCACCCUCAGCCAAAUCCGUGUCGAAUGAUCCAAAGAAUGGCACUGUGCAACAAUGGCAGACUAUCAUACGUCCCGGUCGGCCCGCCGUGCAACACAGAAGAGCUUCAGCUUAACCACAAUCAUAUUCAGACACUACUCAACAGUUCUCUUCUCCACUACUCCUCCUUACAUACGUUAAGCUUAGCAGGGAAUUACCUGGAGAAGAUGGAAGCCAAUGCAUUUGGAGGCUUACACCCCUUACAGAUCCUUAAUCUAGCAGAGAACGAGCUUCACGUCGGGUACCAAGACACUAGCCAUGCACUACUCCAGCUGCCGCAGCUACGAGUUCUGGAUCUGUCCCAGAACGGGCUCGAGGACGACAUGGUCUUCCACCUCCUCCAGAACCUGACCUCAUUGCAAUACCUGAAUCUCUCACGGAACCUUAUGCAGCGAUUGGAUGAAAGCUCGUUUGAGGGCCUGCACCAUUUAAGAGAACUUGACCUGCAUAGCAACAUGUUGUUUGAGAUAGAUGGGGCCUUUUCUGGCAAUCCGAAGCUCCAGAGGCUCAACCUUGCUUUCAACUACCUACCCUGCCUGGUCGAAUUCCACAUGACCCAGCUGGUAGUCCUAAAUGCCAGCCACAAUUUCAUUGAGUGGUUUGUCGCCGAACAAGGGCUCAAAGAAACCUUCCACUUGGAGACCCUUGACCUCACAGACAAUAAGCUGCUUUUCUUCCCUUUCUUGCCGAGCCGGAGUCGCCUUCGUAACCUCUACUUGUCCCAAAACACUGUCCGCUUUUAUGGGGGCCUGGUGGAUGAUGCCACUGGUGAAAACUUGACUACAAGCAUCCAGUUCUACAACCUGAAUGGUAAUGCAAGUAAUGUGACGGCUCAGCUAUGGGACGACAGUCUCCAUGGUGACGUCUCCUCUGUGGAAAUCCUGGACCUGAGAAACAACCAAGUGGAGCACCUUCCCCAAGGCUUCAUCAGCCAAAUGCAAUCUCUCACUAGGCUUCAGAUGCAAACAAACUGCCUGAAGACCUUGAACCUGACAUCAGAGGGGUUCUCUGGCAGCCUGUAUGAGCUGGAUGUCAGCAACAACAGGCUAAGCGAGGUCAUGGCUGAGAAGGGCACACUGGCAGCUCUUGGAAAUCUGACCUACCUUAACAUGAGCCUCAAUUCCCUUAGGCGGCUUCCCUCUGGACUAUUUUCCUCAGUAGAAAGCCUGAGGUCGGUGGAUCUAAGCUACAAUAGUAUGGGCAUUUGUCCGUCGGAGACAAGAGGCAAGGAUGAGGGCAGUCCCUCUGAUUGCGUAGUAUGGAGAAACAUGGCCUCUUUAAGACAACUGUACCUUAGAGGAUGCGGCAUCCAAGGGAUGCCACCCUCUUUGUUCGCUGGGAUGCGCCUCACGCACCUGGAUUUGUCGGACAACCCGGGGCUCCGCGUGGAGACCGGGGCUCUCAGGGCCCUCACUGGGACGCUGCAGCACAUGGGCUUGGGGAAAACAGACAUGAAAUCUGUGGACUUUUCCCCCUUUCACAGCCUGAGGUAUUUAAAUAUCUCAAGAAACUCCCUCACACAACUUCCUAUGUCACUUUUAAAUCUGGACCUUCGGAUGCUGGAUGCAAGUGAAAAUAACUUAUCCACCAUUUCUCCAGGUGACGCUGCACUAUUGGCACCCAAACUCAGGACAGUUUUCCUGGCCGGAAACCCGUUUAACUGCUGCCAAAUGGAAUGGUACAGGAUGUUUGAAACUACUUUUACGGUCAAUAUGGUGGACAAGACAGAAAUAUUAUGUCAGGAUGAGGCGAAGAUAACAUACAGAGCAGGAGUCCUGACCAUCUUGUGUGGGGACUCAAGCAGGGAGUCUGUUUUCUGGUAUCUUCUGCUUGUUCUCUCUGGCUUUCUGCUUUUUGUUGGCAUUCCGACUGUUUGCCUCCUGACCUUUAGGCCGCUUCUGUUACAGAAAACUGUUAAAAAGAAAAGUUUGAAGCCUACAUCUUACUGACAACACUCUUUGAACUGCAAAGUAAGCAUUUGUCAGACCUAAGAAAGGGUUGUGGUUUAGAUAAACAAUAAAAGGUGCAAUGGGCCUUCUCAGAAAUAUGUGUUGUAGCCUUAAGGCUGUUCAAAACAAAUUUGUAUUUUGGUUUGCGUGUGUGUCCAUAUGCAGAAGUAGUAUGAUGCAAGCAUGUAUAAAGGCAGCAGAGGAAACAAGAAAUUUCCUGUUUUGCUGAGAUCGGCAGCAACUGCCCAGUGUUUCUCGGCGAGGGAGGGGUCUGUGGUUUCCUCUCUAACCCGUGAGACACAGAUGCAACUCAAAUUCACCCUGUUCUUGAAAUUCCAUGUGUGCAUGCUGGUGUGGAGCGCCUCUUUCGAGUCCACACACGCACGCACACACACACACACACACACACACACACACACACACACACACACACACACACACACACACACACACACACACACACACACGCAGACACACACGCAGACACACACACACACUUAAACAGCAGCCUUCUGAUUGGCCACCAAAUCCAAAUCGAACUGACAAAAGUAGUUUUGGUUUGUAGGUGAUGUGAUGUUUUGGGCCUCUUGAUAUGAGGGAAUGGUUUAUAGGUAUUUGUAGGUGCUAAAUGGUGGAUUCCUGUGCGAGCAUGUGUAGCAAUUCUAACCAUAAGGUAACCAGUAGACCGCUGUGGUGUAGUGCAAUGGGUCACAGUGGUUGGAACAGAGAAACCUACCAACCCAAACUGACAAGGUUGGUUGAGCAUUAACCUAGGAUCCUAUGAACUAUGAUUAGUAUUAUUUGUUAUUGAUUAUUUAAGUACAUUAUUAGAACAUAACAAGGCAAUGUGACUAUCAUUUUAGUAAUUUGAACAAUACAGAACACAACUCAAGAGUCACUCAGAGCUAAACAUGUGACACAAAACAUUCAUCUGUACUAUGUCUCUGUUCUCUGUGAAACAAGUGACAGAGGACGGGUGAAAAAGGAAGUGUGCACAUACACACACACAAACUAGUAGAGCUUUUCCCAGAUAAGAAUGAAUUGUAAUAGUGGAUGAGAUGAUAAUUAUGUUAUACAGAUAGUAAAAACCUUAAAUAUCUAUGCCUUGGAACAAAGAUUUCACAAAUUAAGCAAAUACUAUGUCUACAUUUUAUAUAAACGAUGUAGGAAAAAAAUAUGAGAAAGAAUGAAUAAAGAAAUGUGUUGGAAGACA